CAUGAGCCGACCGCGCAACGGCUCUUGCCCAAGGUUUGGGGGCGCACGACAUCUCCAGGACUCACCUCUGGGAUGGAAAGUCGCGGCUUAACGGUGCUUGCUCGAUCUCACCGGCGGCUUCACCACGACGUUUCGACUCGGUGCUGGCUGAACUCUAUUUCAAGUGCCGGCAUGCCUAAAAUGGGGCCGUCGAUGGCCUCACCAGAACCUUGUGUCCUGCGCCGGCCCGCCGCUCGGCGCCACUUGGCCCCGGCCGGGGUUCACCGUUCCUGCGUGCCCAGCUGCCCAGCCUGCAAGCCCGCACCCGGGCUAGACCCAGCCUGUAUUAUGGAGACCAAGGCGGCGAGUAAGGAAGAGUCACUCGGUCGUGUUUGCCAUCAGCUGCUGGAAUCCGAUUGCGGCCCCGGGAUCAGGAUUGAUCAUGCCUAUGACCCAGUCCAAGAUGGGCCUCUCUUAUAUCCAAGCCUACAUCGCCUGAUGAGGCGCUGAGCCCGGCGCUCCUUCACUUGUCCCUCGCUCAUCUUUUGACAGACCCUGAGUGUUCACCUCGUCACCAAGGUUUUCUUCUAAACCUGUUGGGUUCUCACUAGAGUGCUAAACGGGGCACUAGCCCAAAGGACCUCUGAACUGAGGAUACAGUCUUGCCGUUGAAGCAGACCCCAAGUGGAGAUCAGGAGGACCACCCAAAGCCAAAAUGGCUCGACGAGACCAGGAGAAGGCCAACAUGCCCGUCGACACGGAGACGGGCUCCAACACAUCGGGCGACGGCUCAACAAAGGACGAUUCGAGCCCACCAGCAUAUCGGAACGACGACACGAGGACAGCAUCCAGCGUGGCACAAGAAGAUGGCGCAGAGAUUGACCUGACCCCACUGUCCUGGUGGAAAGCCGGGACCAUUCUCUUCGCUGAGACGGUGUCCCUCGGUAUCCUCUCGCUCCCCUCUGUAAUCGCAAACGUGGGGAUUGCGCCCGGCAUCGCCCUGAUCGUCAUCAUGGCGAUUCUUUCGGGAUACUCAGGCCUGAUCUUUGGCGAGUUCUGCAUGCAGUACCCAGAAAUCGAGUCAUUCGGUGACGUCGGCGACGUCGUUGGGCGGGCGGUGGGCGGGCCUGCGGUGGGUGUCGCCUUCAGGGAGUUCCUGGGCUGGGGCCAGACCAUCUUCCAGAUCUUUGUUAUGGGGAGCCACCUCCUGACCUGGACAAUCGCAAUGAACACAUUGACCGACAGAUCCCACCAGUGCACUGUGAUGUGGGCGGGCGUCGGGCUGGUCGUCUUUUGGCUGUUCAACCUGCCGCGGAACCUCAACAUUGCGUCGUACCUGUCGGUGGCAUCCUCGCUCUCGAUCUUCUCAGCUGUGAUCGUCACCGUGGUGGACGUGGGCAUCGAGAAGCCCAUCGGCUCGACGUCGCUGGACGUCGCGAACCAGCUCGGCUUCACGGGGGCGUUCUUGUCGGUGACCAACAUCGCCAUCGCCUUCUGCUCGCACUCGUGCUUCUUCAACGUCAUCUCCGAGUUGAACAUCAAGACCGACUGGCCCAAGGCACUGAUCAUGCUGCAAUCCCUCGACACGGCGCUCUACAUUGUUGCCGCAGUCGUCAUCUACGUGUACGUGGGCCCCGACGUGCCCUCGCCAGCGCUGUCGGCGGCCGGGUCCGAGGUGGUGAGGAAGGUGAUCUGGGGUAUCGCGCUGCCCACCAUCGUCAUCGCCGGUGUCAUCUACGGCCACGUCGCGACCAGGUACAUUUUCGGAAGGAUCCUCGGCAAGACGCGACACAUGCACAAGCGGACAUUGAUCGGAGACGCCGGGUGGGUGUGCGUCGGGCUGUCCAUCUGGAUCAUCGCGUUUGUCAUCGCCGAGUCGAUCCCCGUCUUCAACAGCCUCCUGAGCCUGAUCUGCGCCCUGUUCGUGAGCUGGUUCUCAUACGGGGUCCCGGGGAUCAUGUGGCUGUUCCUCUACCGCGGGCAGUACUACAAGAACUGGAAGAUGAUGGCAGGACUGGUGUCCAACAUCUUGCUGGUCGUUGUGGGCUUCAUGCUUUGCGUGCUUGGGCUGUGGAGCACCAUCGACAGCCUCGCGAGCGACAGCAAGCAGACGCCGUGGAGCUGUGCAAGCAACGCAUAGGCGCGCGUUGCGGCCUUGUGUAUAUAUGCCAAGUAGUAGUUAUUGGAGGAGUGUUGGGUAAUAAUAGUGAGCGCUCAUACCACAUCAAGGAAAAAAUAUGCAGAUGGCCGUUGUGAUACCGUCCGGUUAGGCCCGACCCGUCGUC